AAAACGGAGACGAUGAAUGAGAACCAUAUAGCAUCCUGAAUUAACGAAUUUUACAAUUGCAGCUUUAUAUGAUUAUUCAGCAUACCACCUUUUUCCCUUUUUCCUAUUUUCAAAAAUGGGGGUUCUUAAUCUCAUAUGGAAGCUUCCUGCAAACAUUCUAUGCUCCGUCGCUUCCUCUCUAACUUCGCCAUGGAUUUCUCACGGAGCCACCGCCAGAAAAUCGCCGCGACGCCGUCCGCUGCACACGUGCGGCUCUUCGUGUCUAGCCAUCGCGCGCAAAGCCACCGCCAAGGCGCAGGAUCUGGACGCGCCGCUGGGAUCGGUGGCGAAGAGGUCGAUCUCGAUUUUCAACAACUUCUGCCCCUCCUUUGUACAUAGCACGCUGCACAGAUGUUUAGGUCUGCUAAUCGUGAUCGACGAUCAAAUCCUCUUAAUCGAAUGCAAAAUCGAGGCGAUCUUCCCCCGAUCGGCGCCCCUCUUCGACGGGAUCGACGGCCUCGUCCGCCACGCCGAAGCUCUGCCGGAACGCCUCGACGACGCGGUGAGGAAGUUCCCCAACGUCAUCCAUAAGUUCCCCCUGCUGGAUUGGGUGAUCGUUCAUCUCAUCUCAUGGCUCAGCUUUCUCCUCUCGAUUCUCGUCAACGUCGGAUCUAAGAGCGCGAGGGAGAAGGAGAUCACGAUCGACGUCAACUGCAAAUCGCAGGACAAAUCCAACGCCAAGGAGCACACGAAAUUGGUGCAGUUCGAGAAGCCCUAUUCCUACGCCGAUGCAGCGAGAGCUCCCAAAUCCGUGCAGUUUGAAGAGAGGGAGAACACCAACGGGGGCGAAGUGGUGAAGGGCGUGCCUACAGAGGUGAUUCAUUUGUCAGUGAAGAGGCUGCAUUCAUGGAAGAGCAGAAUAAAGGCGCUGGAGGAGCCGCUGUGUGCAGGGGAUUCACCAAUGUACUCUUCCUACCAGUCUGCAAACUCGUCUCCAGUCUCCGAUUGCUCACAAGACGAGAGCCAUCCGUUCAACCAGACGCUAGGAUGCACAUACAAGGAGGUACUCGAGAAGGAGAAGAAGGAAGACGAAGAGGGGGAGGAGGAAGAUGUACAUUUGAAGGAUAUUAGAGAGGAAGUCAUCCAAACCAACUGAACUUAUUCUGCUCACCAGGUUACACUAAUUUUUUAAAUGUAGAUCAUAUAUACCUUACCUUCUUUUUCAUUGUUUCUUGUUUUUCUAUAAUACGUAUGGCUGCCAUUGUACCAUUUUGUGUCAAAUUAUCCUUUAGUUAGGAUAUCUGCUGCUCCUACAAUCAAAUCUUGACUUACGUGUAUAGUCUAAAUAUGAUUAUUUUUUCUGCCUUGUGUUUAA